AUGGCACUGGACCACUGGAGCGCAUUUCGCGCCUCCGUUUUACUGCCUUGUGUGAUAAUCUGCAGUAACGUGCUAUGUCCCGCCGGUGCCUAUCUCUACAGCAACCGCUACGCAGGUGAUCAAGUCUUCAGAAUAACUCCCAGUAAUGACGAGGAGGUCCAAGUGCUCAAGAAAAUUCUGGCACAUAUGAAGGUGGACUUUUGGCAGCCCAACAGUGUUUCUCUCAUCUGUCACAACGCCACCGUGGAUGUCCACGUGAAACGCAACAACACGCGAGACCUACGUGCACGCUUAAAGCAGGAAGAUAUUGAUUAUCGGGUGUUUAUCUCCAAUCUGCAGAAGGAAAUUGAAAAGCAGACAGGAUAUCGCUCCUCUCGCAAGCGGAGGUCAGAGUCUCAGUAUGACUACGAGGUUUACCACUCUCUGGAAGAGAUCCAGAGCUGGAUGUUUGAGAUGAACAGAACCAACCCAGACCUGGUUGAAAUGUUCUCCAUUGGGAAAUCAUACGAGGGAAGACCGCUGUAUGUGCUUCAGCUAGGAAAGAGAAGUCGUCCCCAGAAGAAAGCCGUGUGGAUCGACUGCGGAGUUCAUGCUCGAGAGUGGAUCGGACCUGCCUUCUGCCAGUGGUUUGUCAAAGAGGCCAUCAGCUCAUACCAGUAUGACUCAGUGAUGAGACGACUGCUCAACCAGCUCAACUUCUACAUCAUGCCUGUCUUCAAUGUGGAUGGAUAUCACUUCAGCUGGACCACGGAUCGGUUCUGGAGGAAAACACGGUCCAAAAAUCACAAGUUUCACUGCCGAGGUGUGGACGCUAACAGAAACUGGAAAGUGAAAUGGUGUGAUGAGGGUGCCUCCUCUCAUCCCUGUGACGACACCUACUGUGGUCCCUUUCCUGAAUCGGAACCCGAAGUCAAGGCCGUCGCCAAGUUCCUGCGUAAGCACAAGAAGCAUGUCAGAGCAUACAUAUCCAUCCACGCCUACGCCCAAAUGCUGCUUUACCCUUAUUCCUACAAGUAUGCCACUAUCCCCAACUUCAGCUGUGUGGAGUCGGCGGCUCACAGUGCAGUGACAGCCCUGUACUCUGCCUAUGGAGUGAGGUACAGAUACGGACCUGCCUCCACAACUCUCUAUGUCAGCUCAGGCAGCUCUAUCGAUUGGGCGUACAGGAACGGGAUCCCGUACGCGUUUGCGUUUGAGUUAAGGGACACAGGAUACUUCGGCUUCCUCCUGCCCGAAUCCCUGAUCAGCCCGACUUGCACUGAGACUAUGAGGGCUGUGAAAGCCAUUGCAUCAGGUCUGCUGAAGAAGUGCGAGACAGACAGGGACAGAUUUCCAUAUAUAUGA